AGUAGUGAGAUAGUCCGCGUAUCGGAGAGUACCCGUUCCGAGUGGAAAGCGUAUUUAUUGUACAACCCAACACUCACAGGCCAAUUUUGUUGGGUUUGUUUUCAUCGGGCCAAACGUCGGUGAUCAUCGUAUCGCAAACGGUGUAGAAUGGUUGGAUGGAAGGCAAGCAGUGCUGAGUGUUGCCUUAUUUCGUGUAGUUGGAUUAUGUGACAGAGCAGUGGCACACACGGGUGAUAUUUAUACCGCACGUUUCGAUAAUUGUUCGAACAACAAUAACAACAACGAUCCAAGAGUCAACAGUGGUGAUAAGAAGAAAGGGAAGAAGAACAAGAAGAAUAUCAGCGGAGUGUUUCGCAAGCUUGGCAAUCUCUCGCGUUUCUCGUGGCCGUAUUGUUGUCGUCGUUGUCGUCAUCGUCGCAUUUUCGGUUCGGCAGUGUUUUCAAGUCAAAACUUGGAAGUAUCUCGCGGCUCAAGUGUUUUGCUUCUCCCCUGUUUUCCUGGUCGGCCUCGCGGAGACACGAUGCAAUUAGCGCUGCUGCUAAUGAAAUCCACUGUCGAGUGGAAGAGCGGCAACACCAGCAUCAAUCUCAUGCGACGGUCGGACGACACUCAUUAAGGGGGUCCAAAUCCGGUAGAUAAGUGCGCGCGCGCAACCCGAGUGAAAAAGCUAGAAGAUAUAAGAAAAAAUAUACAAAAUUUACUCGUGCUAGCAAACGUAAAUACAAAAUGACAACCACUUCCGCGAUACAUACCAGAACGGCAACGGCGGAUCCAGGAACGACGCUGACCGCCACCAAAGUCACAACAACCGGCAGUCGGAUAAGCCGUACCAAUAGGAGGAAAGUUAAGGAUUUUAACGACAGCAUAACCUGUUCGCUUUGCAACGGUUACCUGAUAGAGGCUACAACCAUCAACGACUGUCUGCACACAUUUUGCCGGUCCUGCAUAGUGCGACACUUGGAGGGCAAUAAAUACUGUCCCAAAUGCAAAUCGUACAACAACAAAACGAUCACGGUGGCUAAUUUAAGGCCGGAUCGGAUACUGCGAUCGCUGGUGUACAAACUGGUACCGGGAUUGCACCGGUCAGAAAAUCAACGGGCGGCCAAAUACUACGCCGAUCAGUGCAGCCAGGAUGAGCAUCCAGCCGGCGGCAGUCGAAAACCUCCGGACCACAGUUAUCUGGACGAUCAGAACUUUUUCUCGCCGGAUGAAUUAAUCAAUCUCUCACUGGAGUACCACUACGAUUCGAUUGUGGACUACGAUCCGAAGAAGCAGGAACUCCCGAUCACAUAUCUGUGCUGCCCGGCGGCGGUCACCAUUCACCAUCUGUACAAGUUCAUUCUCACCAAGAACGGGCUGCAGCUCGACAACGAGCGCAUCCAGGUGGACAUCAUCUACGAGGACGAAAUCCUGCCGCACGAGUUCACGCUGAUGGACGUGGCGUACUGCUUCAACUACAAGCGGAGCUCCCUUAUGCGUCUCUACUAUCGGAUAUUCAUCCAUCCAACCGCAAAACCGACAGCAACUACCACAACUUACAACGUGGGCAGCGAUAAAAAUAGCAACGAAAACAAUAAAUAUAGCGGAGGCGAGCGUGAUGCUAAUAAUAGCACCGGCAGAAGCAAUGAUGCCAACCACAACGAGCCUAGUCAAGGUAGUGCGGCGGAAUCAUCAUCGUCAUCGUCUCCAUCAUCUUCUUCGUCGUCGUCGUCGAAGCCAACGUCGACGUCACCGAACAAAAACGCUUCAGCCGCCAGCACAAGUGACGCCAGUGACAAACCUUCAACGAGCUCAACCACAGAACCCAAAGAGGCUGACAGCCAGAUCAAAGUGCAAAAUGCCGUCAAAAGUGUAAACAAUGAUCCAAGUAAAGUGUCAACAGAAACCAGUGUGAAGCAAAGCUUUCAACCUUCCGAGGCUAGUUGCUACAGUAAAUACGAUAGCAAAUUGAUUAUCACGAAAACUAAUAAGACGGACAAAGGUGGAAGUGACAACAAAGAAAAAGAAUCGUUAAAGUUGGUGUUGGUGCCGAAGAAGAGCGAUAAAAAUGAUGCAAAAAUUGUUUAUUCAAAAAGUGAUUCUAAGGCAAGCAAAUCUCCCAAACAAAAUAACCCAAGCGCAACGGUCAGCUUCGGUGAUUUCAAACGGCUUCGGAGCAACGAUAUUCGAUACAGUGACUAUGAAUCGUCGUCGGGUGCGGGCUCAACGUCCACAAAGGUAGUGCCAACUCCAAGCAGCAAAAAUGGAACCGUUCCGGGUGAUGAUUCGAAAAAGAUAGAGAUACAAAAUACUAAAAAACACAAUAAAAUAAAUGAUUAUAACAGUCCCAGUGAUUCUAGUGGCAAAAAGAUCUCCGAAGACAAUAGUCGGAACAAAGUGUACGGGAACGGGGCAGCCACCAACCAGGUUGGAGGUGAAUCGGCUGCAGCUCAGCAAGUAUGUGUAGCAAAAACCAAGCAUGAAAAAUCUAAAGUUUCGCCACGGAGGGAAAGCAACGGUUCUCCGGUGGCAAUAACGGCUCCAGGUAUCGUCGCUGCUGUGAGCGAAAAGAGUGAAAAGUCAUCCGAGUUGAAGUGCUAUGUAAAUUUGAAGAAACAAACGGUUGUUUCUCCACUUUCAAGCAGUGCAGAAUUGUAUCGUAAAGAAGUUCCUAAGUUAAAAAUUGAACUACCUAGUCUGAAAACAAAAAUUACAAUCCCUAAACCGGAUACGGAAAAGUCACCGAAAUCAGUUCAUUCCUCAUCGACGUCCUCUUCGGCAGCGACGUCCCCAACGACAUCUUCGUCCGCAUCUGGCAAAUCUCCAAUGUGGCCAAAGCCGGAUGACGCUGUUAAAUCAGUCGAUGUGCCCUCGAUAGACAUAGAAGAGUACGCGAAAACAAUUGGCCUGAAACCAGUUCAUAAGAUUUCUACUAGCGAUAGUGGUCAAAAGAAGAAGAAAAAGAGUUCAACUUCAUCUUCCCCAGACCUAUCCUUUCACCGCAAACGCAAGAAAGCAAAACACUCCAAAGAGUCCGGUGGCAAGCGAAGAAAAUUACAUGCCGAAAUUUCAUCGCAGCACGAUGAGAGUUUGAAAAUGAAGGUCAAACUCACCGAAAAACCAUCAAAACACGAACGCAAGCCGAGCGAGGAAAUCACACCGAAAGAGCCGACAAAACACAAUACGGAAGUUACGCCGUCAUCAUCUCUACCGGCUCCGACAGCACCUCCACCACCAGCGUUGUCUUUUCCAUCGCCGGCCGCUGUUCCCACAACAUUGUUGACGCCACAGAAAGAAGAUAGCUCAAAGGUGAUUGACAUUACGAAGGGAGACGAUGAUGAUGAUGUGAAAAUUAUCGAGCAACCCACGUUGGAUGUGUGGCCAAUGGCAUCGGAAAAUGUCACAGAAAAAUCGACAACUGUGGCAACGAGGGUAAACGAGCUGCCAAAUUUGCCGUCCCUUAGCGGAUCGGACAGCUCCACCAAGGCAAAGAUUAAUGAGAUGCGAGCAAUUCGUCACAAGCCGAUGGUUUACAUUCCAAAUCUCGAUAAGAACCUAUCAGAUAACUCCCCCACAAUCAACAAUCUCAUCCAGAGCGUUCAAGCGAAAACUGGAUUUAUUGAUAAGGAUAAUGAUGUACAAAUUGUUUCAACCAGCAGGCUUGAAGGGAACACGAUAUCCAUGUCCAAAGUGCCAAUGCCUCCUCUGGUUUCUACUAAACCGAUUUCAACUGUGCCUAGCAUGAAGCCACCAGUGGCGAUUCCCUCUACAGCAAGCAAUCGAAUGGUUUCAACCAAUAGCAUUCCAAAGCCUCAGCAGAGAAUGACGGCACAAUCACAGCAAGUAUUCAGCCCUAGGCAUACCCCGAGCUAUCCGCCGUUAGCAUUGCAAAGUGUGCCGAAAAAAGUCAUAACCCCAACCACCAGCAACAGUACAAAUGUCUAUCAACCGAGAAACGUAAAUCCAUCGCUUAAACGGUCGAUCAGUGUUGAUAACAAUUCUACCCACAGCGUUCCUCCGAAAACCCCUCGCGUGGAUUUGAUGGAGUUAAACGCACAGAAUCAGUUUCUUAAGAAACCCAUCUAUGCCCCAAUGUUUAAUUUUGUGAAAGGAGCCAGCUUGGCUAAAAAUGGCAACCCAAAUAGACUACCAACCUCGGCAAACGAUGUACCUUACAAAUCUCCCAUCAGUUCUUCCUACACAAAGGAAAUGAACACGAAAAAGCCUGUCCCAAGUCUACUACUACCUCCAUCGUCGAUAAGUGUCACCAAAAUGACGGAUACCGUUCCUCAACCAAUGCCUGUUGACAAUCGACCUGCUCUGGAAAUCGUCCGGAUACCAUCCACCGCACCAGUUGCCGAUAAGCCUCAAACUUCCCCGAAAUCAACGUCCGUUACACCGAAAGCAAGCCGACCUCCUCCGCCCACAAUACCUCUAAUUAAAAUAAAAAAAUCUGCCUCUGUGCCUGAGCAACCCACGUCACCAAUUUCACCUUCCGUUUUUCAAGUCACUAGCUCUAGCACAAACAGUUCCUCGAAGCUUUCCACUACGUGCGCCUCCCAUCAAGACACUGGCGGUGCUCUAGAUUUGACAACACGUGCAAACGACGAUUUAAUUAUCCUGGAAGGAAGCGACAGUUUGACGCCAAAACUGAAUGGAAACGAGCUCAAACCAAAAGUUGAGAAGCGAACCGACAUUGAUAGCAGUCGCUUAGAAUUAAUCAAUUCGUUGAUCCAAACAUCUGCUGCCUCCAUGAUCAAAGCAGGGUCAGGUGUGAUGGCAAAACUCCAGAGUAGCAUUCCGGGCUUGAAGCUUCCACCUGAAAUGAUUGGGUUUGCCAUCACCAGUAGCUCUAAUGUCAUCCCCAAGCAAACCGUCAGCAGUCCUUCAUCCAGCUCAACGAUGACGACAACAACGACGGCAAAAUCGAUCCCAAUGCCAAAACUGGCCGAGAUCAAUCGCAAUCGGAACCCCACUGUCCGUCAACUAAACCCAUCGGUUCGAAGCAUACCGAACCCAUCGGCUUUGGCAUUUCGUAAUCAAACGAUUGCGAUAAGCAGCUCCUCCGCCACACCAGCAGCAUCCUUUUCCUCUGCAGUUGCAUCCAUUCCCAGUGGGGGCAGCACGAUAACAUCUUUCUCACCCACGUCACUAACGACGGCGGCAAGAAUCAUGAACGUUAACAUGAAAACAAACACCGCGAAUGCAACGGCAGGACAGAAAUCAAGUGUGAAUAAUAACGGCAUCGGCUCGGCAGUCGAUACAAUUCCGCCUAUCGUUCCUCUGUUGAAAACCAACACAAGCACAUCGAUCAGUACCUAUGGCAUGAGCAAAUCGACCACUACCAACGGCACCGGUGCAACGAACGCAGUGUCAAUUUUGAAUGGAAACAACAUCGGCAGCAGCAAAAACGAUAACGUAAGCUCAACAAGCAACGGCAAUGGUGGUGGCAAAAAGACCAUCGAGAAAGUGGCUGCCGGAUUGAAAGCGGCCGCGGAUGCAGCGGCGGUGGUGUCGAAUGGGGCAAACAGCAAUCGUGUAAGUAGCAGCAGUAGCAGCAAUGGGAACGCCGCUAGUGGCGUCAGUAAAAACGGUGUGAAUGUUGCCUAACAAACGAAACUGCGGUAAAGGAAUCAGCUAAACCCAACCGCAAUCAAAAUCGAUGAACUGUUAGGAAACGUGAUGAUCUGUCGA